CAGUAAAAGUACGGGAAGGAAUCGCAGUGGAUUUUGACGGUUCUGUGAAUCCCCAAGCUUUAUCCAAAUGUCGUCCGUCCGUCCGUCCAUGGCGAUUGCCAGCUGAACUUUCGCCCUCUCGCGCACAAAGUCUUCACUCUCACUUCAUCCGAUCCGAAUCCCUCUUUAUAUAUUCACGCUUCCUUUGCCUCCCAAACCGACCUCAAUCAACACGCCUCCCUUUCUGAAUCCCUAAUACUUGCUUGCAGUCGGACCAUGGGCUCCGAAGCGGAUCAAGAGAAGGCGGCGCUGCCCAAUGCCGACUGGUCGGUGCUCCGAUACAAUUCGCCGCUGGUUCAGGUCAGUCUGAUCGGGCUGGUGUGCUUCUGUUGCCCCGGGAUGUUCAACGCGCUCUCCGGGAUGGGCGGCGGCGGCCAGGUCGAUCCCACGGCUGCGAACAACGCCAACACGGCGCUCUACACUACCUUCGCGAUCUUCGGCAUUCUCGGCGGGGGGAUCUACAACGUUCUCGGACCGCGAACCACGCUCUGCGCCGGCUGCUCCACCUACGUGCUCUACGCCGGCUCCUUCCUCUACUACAACCACCAUGACCACCAGGGGUUCGUCGUCAGCGCCGGCGGUUUACUCGGCAUAGGCGCCGGCCUCCUCUGGGCCGGCCAAGGAGCGAUCAUGACCUCCUAUCCUCCCGUCAAUCGUAAAGGAACGUACAUUUCGCUGUUCUGGAGCGUGUUCAACCUGGGCGGAGUGAUCGGCGGCCUGAUCCCCUUCAUCCUGAACUACCACCGGAGCGACAAAGCGGCCUCCGUCAACGACGGCACCUACAUCGGCUUCAUGAUCUUCAUGUCCAUCGGCACCGGCCUCUCCCUCGCCAUCCUCCACCCUUCCGCCGUCGUCCGCGACGACGGCUCCCGCUGCACCAACAUGAAGUACUCCAGCGUCUCCGUCGAGUUCGUCCAAAUCCUCAAGCUCUUCCUCAACUGGAAGAUGCUGCUGCUCUUCCCCGCCGCCUGGGCCAGCAACUUCUUCUACAGCUACCAGUUCAACAACGUCAAUGGCGUCAUGUUCAACCUCAGGACCCGAGGCUUCAACAACGUCUUCUACUGGGGAGCGCAGAUGCUCGGCUCAGUCAUGGUGGGUUACAUCAUGGACUUCAGCUUUAGCAGCAAAAGGGUGAGGGGACUCGUCGGGAUUGGGGUUGUGGGUUUGCUCGGGACUGUAAUUUGGGCUGGCGGGCUUGCGAAUCAACGCAGCUAUUCCCGAGAUGAUGAGCCUGACAAGCUUGAUUUCAAGGAUUCUGGCUCUGAAUUUGCAGGGCCAUUUGUGCUGUACUUCUGUUACGGGUUGCUGGAUGCCAUGUUCCAGAGCAUGGUUUACUGGGUUAUCGGAGCGUUAGCCCAUGAUUCCGAGACUCUUAGCAGGUAUACCGGAUUCUAUAAGGGGGUGCAGAGUGCCGGGUCAGCAGUGGCAUGGCAAGUGGACAAGCACAAGGUGUCAUAUAUGGCGCAGCUGAUUCUGAAUUGGGCGAUGACCACAAUCAGCUACCCGCUGCUGGCGGUUCUGGUCAUAUUGGCCGUCAAGGAUGAGGAUGAGGUUCCGGAAAAAGGGUCGUCCAAGGAGGUGGCUCUGCCGCCGCCGGCGGUACCUCUGUCCAUGGAUGACACCGGUAAUAGCAAAUCUGAUUCUAAAUUGUAAAUGCAGUACUUGUAUUAGGAGGUGUCACAACAGUGUAUAAGUUAUGUGAUUGGAGAUCCACGCUUUAUCUGGGAUUUUUUUGUUCUCGUUCUAAAAGAUGUUCAUUAGGUAAAUUCCACUUAUAUAUGGGCCUUUGAUCUCA